CUGACAGCCGACAGCGAGGAGAGUCCAGAGCAAGCACCGUGACGAGCACAGGAUAAUUACCUUACUGAUCCGGAUCUGAUUUAAAUUUAAAAAAAAAAAAGAAAAAAGAAGAAAAAAGAUAUUACAUUUUCACAGAAGGAUGUUAUCGAGGCAGCCCGGAGCGCCGAGGUGUGCUUUCGCGUCUCCACCGAUCUCACCCGAGCUCGAGUUGCACUGCGCUCGCACCAGCGUGUGUGGAAGCACGCAAACUUAGCCGGAGAAGUGUGUGACGCACUGGAGAACCCGAGCAGAACCUGUAUAUCUCAAUAACAUUCGGGCAUCAGGAAUCCGGAGCGGUGUGUGUGCAGUGUGUGUGUGCAGUGCAUGAGGAGGCAUGAGUCGUUGUUAACUCGUUACUGCGUGCUUUGGACGUGUGUGCAGGGAACGUGCGUCGGAGUUUGUGCGCUGAAGAUUUCGCCUGGAUGUUGAAGUGAAUUCCGCGCGAUGUGUGAAAUUGCGCACGACCUGGCCCUUCUUGCGCUUUUGGCUGAGACGCACCCAAGGCGAGUUGCACACCAAAGAAGACAAUGUGUAACCUGCAACAUAUCACGUAUUUCUAGUGCGUAAACGCGUCUGAGGGUUUUCCCCCCCUCUUUUUUUCUUUUCCGGGGGAGAGUAACCAUGUGCGUCAUUUCGUAACUUUGCUGCGCGUUUUUUGGAAACGAGAGCCGGACAGGGUGAUAUUCCCUUUCACACACAUAUUUACAUUUCUUCGUCAUGCUCAGGCAAAUGCUGUUGAACUCGACGGCGGCGGCCGCGCGGGACCUGGACGCUAUAAGCCAGACGCACGCGCCGGCUCCCCUGGACGUGUCGCACGCGCCGGUCAGCGUGUCGGCGCUGCUGAAGCCCGCGGGUCGCGGCGGCGCUGGCGGGGGCGCGCUGCGCGAGCUCAAUAAGCCGGACCUGACGACCUACGUGGUCAUGUGCAUAGUGCUCUUCCUUCUCGUGCUGCUCAUCGUGGUGUUCAUCAACUGCCAGCUGCGCAACUCGUUCUUCGCCUCCACGCCGUACGACCGCUCUCUGCGCGAGGCCCGAACCUCGUACAAAUGAAACACCUCGUGCGCUGUAACGCACAUGGCCUUUGUGACGCAACAGAGAGCUGGCCCUUGCGCUCUGUGGAUUACCCAUGGUCUGUUUGGAGAGGUGCGCGGACUUGUAAUGCCAACGCGCUUGCGUCCAUGAACUUUCUCUCAUGUUGUGUGUGUGUGUGCGUGUGUGUGUGUGCACUGCAAUGUAUUGCAGGUUCUUUUCUUGCAUGAAUUAAAUCUGUAAUUAAAUAUUAUGUGUACAAUCACAAGCUGCGUGAAUUAAGGGCUUUGCUUGUAAAAUAAACAGUCGAAAGUGUGAAUGGUAAAUAUUAAUAAUAUAACAUUUACCAUAUUUAUAAUAAUCUAUGAUCAUCAU